GGGCCAUGAAUAUGGCCUUCGCUGAGUUCGUUAACAAAACCCGACUAACCCAGCCCCUGAUCAAUUUCUGCGUGAUUGUGUACAUGGAUGAUAUUUUGGUCUUUUCAAAAACACACGAGUACCACGUGGAACACAUGGAGUGGGUUUUGCAUGCACUAAAAGAUGUCGGGUUCAAAGUGGCCUUGGAGAAAAGCGAGUUCUUCUUGUCGGAGAUCUUAUUCUUGGGGUACAUCGUCACGGUCGAUGGACUAAAACCGGAUCCGAGGAAGGUGGCAGCAGUUCAAGAAGCCCCGGUGCCGGCCACACUCACCCAGGUUCAAGCUUUUCUAGGGCUGGCAUCCUAUUACCGACACUUCAUCAAGGGGUUCGCCGGUGUAGCGAAGCCCCUAACGAACCUGCUGAAGAAAGAGGAGCAGCAGAUCGAGACGCCGGAAUGCGAAGCGGCGUUUCAGGCGUUGAAGGAGGCUCUGACAUCUGCUCCUGUGUUGGCGGGUCCCGACCCGACUAGACUGUUCGCACUGUACACCGACUGGCAGCCGCAGGCGAUAUCGGCGGUGCUAACUCAGCACGGGGCGGACGGAAGGGAACACGUCAUUGAGUAUGCGUCCAAGACGCUGAGCCAAGCGCAGGCUAAUCACGAAGCGUGCAAAGGUGAAUGCCUGGCGGUGGUGUGGGGGGUUCAGCAUUUCCGACCGUAUCUUUACGGCCAGAAAUCCGUGCUGACGAAGAUGCGUGGGAGUUGCACCGUGCGCUGUACAAGUCGGUGGCGUUGGGGAUGUUCCGAUUCUUUGUAUCACGAAGACCACUGCAUCGGGGAGCACUUCGUCGUCUACUACGUCAUCACACGGCCCAAGCCGACGCAGAAGGAGGGGACGGUGGCAUUGUACCCAUUCGCCCAGCUCCAGACGAUCGAUUCGGGAUUGUUGGAGCUCAUACAUCUUGAGCUCCUCUCCAUUGUGCAAGUGAUCGCGAGUGAGGAAGAGGAGAUCCAGCCACGAUUGCGGACGACGACGGCCCCGCGGAGAACAUACAACGCGGUCGUCAUCCCGGAUUACAUUGCGCAGCGCGCGGAGAGGUUGGAGGACUUCCCGGAGGAAAAGUCGUUGCGGCCUCCCUCGUCGUAUCCCCGACCGGUGCCACCCAAGGCCCCCAAGAAGACGCCGAAGAGGAAGAGACGCCACCCGUCGCCAAGAGUGCAAGGCAGCAAAAUCGGUGGCGGCGAUGAGGUGAUUCAGCCCGCGCGUACGCGGAAUCUUGACCCCGCGCUUGGGAGUGCGGUGGUGCUCGUUAAGGCGACUGUCGUGCCAUCGCCGCCCUUCCCGCGCAUGCCCGAUCUCAUUCUUGAUGGAGUCGGGCCAUCAGCAGCAGCAGCAGCCGGGGGAGGAAGCGGAAUGAGAAUACCGGAUCCCAUAUCCAGACCCCCCGUCCUCGGGGGACCUCUCCGCUCCCGCCAGCCACCACGGGGUGCCCCGAUCAUUGACAUUAGCAGUUCCUCCGAGCCAGACGGUCCAUCCGACAGAGGUGGAUUUCAUGGUGGAGCCCACCACCAUCAGGCUCGAGGCCAUCGCGGGGGCGCCGCGCCCUGAUCUGGCGUGGGAGCCAUAUCUGACACCCCCUUUUCAAGGGUGUAUUGCGGCG